AUGCAGUUCCUUAACGCAAUCCUCGUCUUCGCCUCGCUUGCAGUUGCUGCAGCUGUCCCUGCCCCUAUUGAAGCCAGACAGGCUCCCAGUCCGUGCUACUCCGCCCAGACGUUGACCUGGAACACAGGCCAGAUCCCUGGUGAUGGAGGUUGGAUUGUACGUAUUCCCCCCCUCUGCAGAUACCGUGAUAACACUAAAUACUGUGAUUCCAGUGCUACGAAACCCCAUCUGGACCCUGCAAAGAAUACUCCUGGAAGACGGAUCUUCCUUAUUACAGCUGCGCCUAAGCCAAACACUCCUAAUACCGUGACAUUAGGGUUUGGAUUUGACAUUCCUAGUUGUAUCCUCAGUUGGAGUUGGAAAGGUCUAUACCCGAUUUACUUCAGCGUAUCAAUCUGCUUCAGCGUAUUUCGCAUCCAUGUUUUGUUGUCCAAUGAUUUCAAGGGUGAUUUGAUUCUAAAGGCAUGUAGUGUUGUAAGCAGGUUAGAGUGA